UUGCUCCACUUACCUCUUCAAGUACUACACUCGCGAUCAAUUUCGAUGCCACGAGUUGCUCGUCUUAUUGCGACAAUAUUGCGUGCUUGUGAAGUGGACUAUACUUAAAAAGCCCUUGAGAAGACUCAUGAUGGUUGUUCACACGAACGUUGAGCGCUUACAAUCAAUAUGCGCACCGCCUCGCUCGUCGCAGCAUUUGCUGCAGCGAAGACAGUGCUGGCAAAGGGACCUUUUCUCCAGCAGGUGACCUCGACACAGUGGAUUAUCGGCAACGACUUGUGGAAUCUCACUCAAGGCGCGACCUACGCUACCAAUCUUCAGUACCAAGGUUCGGAUGCUGUAGGUAAGGCCCAGGGGCACUACGCUGGGGUCGACGGUGAAACCAAUUUGGUCUACACCAGCGCCAAAAUCGUGUCGAACUCUCCUGACUUCAUCGACGUCGCCUUCUCAUCGACCCUUGGCGACCUCCACUGGGUCAUCUACCCAAAACUAGAUGGCGCUUACCAAUACUUCGUCAACAAAGCGCUUCCUGACCUCUCUAUAUUCCGUACGCUUUGGCGCCUCGACCCAGAUCGGUUCACGCAUGGCUAUAACACCAACAAGAACGAGAGACUGCCAGACUUUGCCCUUUACGCUAAUGCACCAGAGAUUCAGGAUGAAACCUUUGAGUUUCCUGACGGCAGCUAUGUAACGAAGUACGACUUUGCAAACUACGUUAGGGAGCGGGAUUUCGUUGGUGUGUACGGUGAUCAGACAGGAAGUUGGUACAUUCAUCCUUCGAAUGAGUAUCAGCCUGGGAAUCACCUGAGUCAGACAUUGACGGUCCAUCGUGAAUCCGCAACAGGCGAUGCCGUACAGCUCAACGUCGUGCAAGACACAUCUCACUUCCGCGUCGGCACUAAAACGCCUCAACCCGUAGGCAAAAUCUGGGGACCGUGGCUAUGGUAUCUGAACAACGGCUCCGUCUCAGACGCGAAAACCCGUGCAGCCAAAGAGCGCUCAGCCUUUCCGUACGCCUUCCUCAACAACACGGCAUACCACUCCCGCGGCUCGCUCAGCGGCAAAUUUACCCUCUCCGACGGCCGCCCUGCAGCUGGCGCAGCAAUCUUCCUCGGCGACGUGGACACGUCCACGCGACCCCUCGUCCAAGGCUCGGGGUACUACUACACCACUUUCGCCGACGCUUCCGGCUCAUUCUCAAUCACUAACAUCCGCUCUGGAUCCUACGGUCUCAUUGCCGCCUCGAACGGCGGGAAGAUAGGCGACGUGUACACGAACUUCACCGCCUCGCCUGUCACCAUCCGCGCCAGCCACACUACCAAUCUGGGGUCCCUGAUAUGGAGCAUCCCCUCGAACACGCAGCCGAUUUUCCAGGUCGGCGCCUUCGACAAGAAAGCCACAGGCUUCACGAACUCGGGUCCGCACGUCCACGGUCUCACCGAGAAGGGACCUGCAAACCUAACAUUUAUCGUGGGCAAAUGCAAGGCGGAGGACUGGUACUACGCAUCUAGCAAGCUGGGGAGCUGGGAUGUUGUCUUCGAUGCUUCCGCGCCUUCUAGAGCGAGGAAGGCGAGGCUGAGCGUAAGCCUGGCGGGGUAUAGUCAGAGCACUGCGCUGUCGAUUUAUCUCAACGGCAACCAGACGAUUGGGACGAUUAGUAACAAGUCGUUGACGAGCGAUCCGGCGCUGUAUCGCUCGGGCACGGUGAGUGGGGAGUGGCGGUUAUUGCAGUAUGAGAUCGAUGCGCAGUAUCUGAAGGCGGGGAGAAACGUGCUGAGCUUCAAGACGGAGAGGUAUGUGCUGUGGAGGGGUGUGCUGUGGGAUAGUAUUAUCCUUGAGUGGGUUCUGUGAUGGGUCUUGGAAAGGACUUCGCAGGAUAUGGAGGAGGUGGAUCGUUCACGAGAGAUAGCCAUUGGCGAAGCUGUGCGGUUUGGGA